AUGGCGAAGAAGCUUGCUGAACAAGCUGCUCUGAAGGUUGCGAAAGCGAAAGCGACCAAGAUCGUCAAACCCAAGGCUGCCAAAGCAAUCAAAAGCAAAGCCGUUUUGAAGGAGAGAGCCGGGGACAAUGCCGUGGGAAGCGAGGCAGGCGUCGAGGGCUCGUCAAGCACACGUCUACCGGCGGUUUCAAAGGCAAAGACCGUCGAUGAGAUAUAUCAAAAGAAAACGCAACUGGAGCAUAUCCUUAUUCGUCCGGAUACCUACAUAGGCUCUGUUGAAGCACAAACUUCUGCGAUGUGGGUGUAUGAGAACGAGAAGUUUGUGUGGAGGAACGUGACGUACGUCCCUGGAUUGUACAAAAUCUUUGAUGAAAUCAUCGUUCGCGAUUCCACCAUGGAUACCAUUCGAGUGACGAUCAGCAGGGAAAACAACACGAUCUCUGUGUACAAUAAUGGCCGCGGAAUCCCCGUCGAAAUGCAUUCCAAGGAGAAGGUUUACGUUCCGGAGUUAAUCUUUGGCCAUUUGCUAACGUCCUCCAACUACGACGACAACGAGAAAAAGACAACUGGUGGAAGGAACGGUUAUGGGGCGAAGCUCUGCAACAUCUUCAGUACCGAGUUUAUCGUGGAGACUGCUGAUUCGGUCACAGGCCGCAAGUUUGUACAGGUCCAUUCCGACAACAUGAGCAAGAAAGGAGAACCCAAGAUUACCAGUAAUCCAAAGGGAGAGAAUUACACCCGUAUCACUUUCAAACCCGAUCUGGCCAAGUUCGGUAUGAUCGCCAUUGACGACGACUUCGAAGCCCUCGUCAAGAAGCGUACUCUUGACAUGGCAGGAUGCGUGCGCGGUGUCAAGGUCUUUCUGAACGACACUCGAGUUAAGGUCAAAGACUUCAAAGACUAUGCCGAGAUGUACAUCGCUAGCGCCACCUCCGAGGGAGCUGCUCCCAAGCCGAAUGUUAUAUACGAAAGGGUCAACGAUCGAUGGGAGAUCGCCUUCACAGUGAGCGACGGCCAAUUCCAGCAAGUCAGCUUCGUUAAUUCCAUCUGCACCACGAAAGGAGGCACUCACGUCAACCACGUUGCCGAUCAACUGGUGACAUCUUUGAUUGAGGCGGUCAAGAAGAAGGACAAGAAGGGAGUACCGCUGAAACCCUUCCAAGCGAAAAAUCAUCUCUGGGUUUUCGUCAAUUGUAGCAUCGAAAACCCUGCGUUUGACUCUCAAACGAAAGAAAACAUGACCUUGCGACAGAGUGCUUUCGGGUCGAAAUGUGGGGUAACUGACGACUUCAUGAAGAAAGUGAUGAAAUCCGGCGUCGUGGAGAACAUUCUGAGUUUUGCACGUUUCAAGCAGGAUCAGCUCCUGAAGAAGACUGACGGCGCAAAGCGAACGCGAAUCACUGGUCUCGCUAAGCUAGACGAUGCGAACAAUGCUGGCACCAAAAACGGGAGCAAAUGCACAUUGAUUCUCACAGAAGGAGAUUCGGCCAAAUCCCUUGCCGUGGCUGGUCUUUCGGUCAUUGGUCGCGACAAUUUUGGAGUUUUCCCGCUUCGCGGGAAGCUUCUGAAUGUACGCGAAGCGUCUCACUCCCAGAUCACGGCGAACGCGGAAAUAAAUGCUAUCAAGCAAAUCAUGGGUCUUCAACACGGCAAGCAGUAUACAACGGUAGACAGUCUUCGAUACGGCCAUCUUAUGAUCAUGACGGAUCAGGAUCAUGAUGGUUCACACAUCAAAGGCCUCAUCAUCAACUUGAUCGACCAUUUCUGGCCUACCCUGUUGAAGAUUCCCGGGUUCCUUCUCGAGUUCAUCACGCCAAUUAUCAAGGUCACGAAGGGAACGGGCCCGAACAAGAAGGAGCAGACUUUCUUCACCAUCCCAGAAUAUGAGGAAUGGAAGGAGGAUAAUCAGAAUGGGAAGGGAUGGACCAUCAAGUACUACAAGGGUUUGGGAACCAGCACGACCGAGGAUUGCAAGAAGUACUUCUCGACCAUGCAGCGCCAUCUGAAGCCGUUCAGCCCCAUUCAAGAUGAAGAGCGGGCUCUUGUGGACAUGGCCUUCAGCAAGAAGAAAGCGGAUGAUCGCAAAGAAUGGUUGCGCGAAUUUGAGCCGGGAACAUACAUGGAUCAUGACCAAGCUCAAAUUCCGAUCACCGACUUUAUCAAUCGCGAGCUCAUUCUUUUCUCCAUGGCCGAUAACGCACGCUCAAUCCCCAGCGCGGUGGAUGGAUUGAAGCCAGGGCAACGGAAGACCUUGUUCUCCUGCUUCAAACGCAAACUGAAAGGAGAAAUCAAAGUGGCGCAAUUGGCUGGUUAUGUUUCUGAGCAUUCGGCAUACCACCACGGUGAAGCCAGUCUGGCCUCUACUAUCGUUGGUCUCGCGCAGAACUUUGUCGGCAGCAACAAUUUACCGCUGUUGGAACCUCUGGGACAAUUCGGAACGAGGCUUCAAGGAGGAAAAGAUGCCGCCAGCGCCCGUUACAUUUUCACCGCUCUUACUCCACUGACGAGAGCAUUGUAUCACCCUUCGGAUGACGCAUUGCUGUCAUACCAGAAUGAGGAUGGGCAGAUGAUCGAGCCUGAAUGGUAUCUCCCUAUCUUACCUAUGCUCCUUCUCAACGGUGGCGAAGGCAUCGGGACGGGAUGGUCCACCUCCAUUCCCAACUACAACCCCCGCGAUAUUGUCGACAACAUAUUCCGGAUGAUGGACGAUCGUGAGCUGAUUGAUAUGCAACCCUGGUACCGCGGUUUCCGAGGAACCAUCGAAUCCAUCGGCAAGGACAAGUUCCGAGUCACUGGCUGCAUCGAAAAGAUCGAUGACACUACCGUCGAGAUCACGGAACUUCCCAUUCGCUGCUGGACUCAGUCAUACAAAGAAGACCUCGAGGCCUGGUUGACUGGCACCGAGAAGCAGGCAGCGUGGAUUAAGGAUUACAGAGAGUACCACACCGAGGCAGCGGUUAAGUUCAUUGUCACGAUGUCCGAAGAACAGAUGGCCCUGGCGGAGAAGGAGGGUUUGGAGAAACGCUUCAAGUUGAUAAGCAGCAUCUCGACUUCGAACUUGGUUUGCUUCGAUCAGCAAGGCAGGAUCCGCAAAUACGACACCAUCGAGGAAAUCUUUAGGGAGUUUUACCAUCUCCGAAGGGAGUUCUAUCAAAAACGAAAGGCACACAUACUGGACGAACUGAACUACGAGCUCACAAAGUUGGACAACAAGGUCCGAUUCGUUCUUGAAAUCAUUGCCGGGAAAUUGGUCGUGCAGAACAAGAAGAAGGAUGCGUUACUCAAGGAGCUCCAAACCCGUGACUACAAGCCUUUCUUCAAGAGGGAGAAGGGCACUCCUGCUGGUGAGGAUGAGGCGGAAGAGACCGAAGUUGAUACCAAAGAUCACGGUUUCGACUACUUACUCAGCAUGCCGAUCUGGAAUUUAACUAUGGAGAAGGUUGAAAGCUUGAAGAAACAACAAAAUGAGAAGAACUUAGAAGUUACAGUGUUGACUGGAAAGUCGGUUAACGACCUUUGGAAAACUGAUUUGGACGCGUUCCUGGCCCAGUGGGAUCCUGUAAACGGGACCACUGUUGGACAGCCUAAGAGGAAGCCUGUUGUGAAACAAACCGCCUUGAAGUUGAAGAAAGAAGCAGAUAUGAGCGAUGACGACGAAGAUGCCGAUUUUGCACCAUCAGCUAAAGGUAUAACUGGUUCCACAAUGCGAUACGGCGACGGCCGCAACCCCGAAGGCGUCUACGUCACUCACGCAAGGCUUGUCUGCCAUCGACUUGACGAAGAGCCCCGGAGCAGUAAAGAAACGCGUGCUGAAGGGCAAGAAAACCGCCGUCGCAGGGCCCGCACCGACUGA